GCUCUCGCUCUCGCUCUCGCUUCGGUGGUUGUAUGAUCGAUGCGUGACCCAACUCUUCCUCAUGGCUGCCUCCGCGCCCCCUCCUCUCUCCAUCUCCUUCCUCACCUCUUCUCCUCCCUCUUAUGUACAACCUAAAGCUCUGUCCUUUCCUUCCUCCACCACUAACCCCUCCGCUGCCACCGCAAGGCCGCUCCAACCCCUUUCAUCCACCGCCGCCACCCUCGACCGCUGCUCCGACGCGCUCUCCCUCCGGGAGGGCGCCCAGAUCCACGCCCGGUUCCUCCGACUCGGCGUCGCUCCUGACCCCCGCUUUUCCACCCAGCUCCUCCGCCUCUACUCCGCCCACGGCCGCCUCGCCGCCGCCCGCGCCAUCCUCGAUGCCAUACCCCGUGACGCCCUCUCCCGUCUCGCCUUCAACUACGUUAUCCGCGCCUACGCCUCCUCCGCGCUUGCCGAGCCCGCCCUCGACCUUUUCCUCGAGAUGCUCGAUUCCGGACUCUCCCCCAACGAAUUCACCUUCCCCUUCGUCCUCAAGUCCUGUUCUCUCCUCGGGCUCCUCGAUCUCGGCCGCCAGAUCCACGCGGCGCUUGUAAAAACCGGCCUUUUCGUCAUGAACGUCUUCUGUGCCAGCGCCCUCUUGGAUCUGUAUGUGAAGCAUGCGCCUUUCGGUGAUGCGUGUCAGUUGUUCGACAGAAUUCAUCACAGAAAUGAAGUGACUUGGAAUUCCAUGAUGACUGCUUACGCCCAAAAUGGGUUUUUGGGGCCGAGCUUGGAGAUGUUGGACAGAAUGGUGGAUUCUGGACUGGAAGUUGGAACCAGCAGCUGGAAUUCCAUUGUUGCUGGCUGUGUUCGUUACGGGGAUUUGGAGCUCGCGUUGGGGAUGCUCGGUGAGAUGCUUUCCUCAGGCUCGUUCAAGCCCAAUGCUGCCACAAUUAAUACCCUCCUUCCAUUAAUCCCCACAAUCCCCGCUCUGGAUAGUCUCAAGGUGUUGCAUGGAUUUUCCUAUAGGAAUGUGGAGAUAAUGGAUGUCGACCCGGCUGGUGCUGAUCGAUUGUGGUCGGCAAUUGCAGCUGGGUAUGCCUUCCAUGGAUGCAUGGACUACGCUGCCUGCUUAUUCGAGAAAGUUAAGUUGAAAGGCAGCCAGUUGUGGAAUUCGAUGAUCUCAGGCUUCCUUGAGUGUGAGCAAGUUCAUGAAGCAUUUGACGUCUUCCGAGAGAUGGCCUUUCAGUAUGGCCUUGAAGCAGAAGCCCUCUCUAGAGUUUCACUGACCUUGGUCCUUCCAGAAUGUGGCGAGCUGUGGAAGUCUGGAUUGGAGAUCCACGCCUAUGCUUAUAGGAGAUGUGUGGAAUCAAACACGUCGGUGAGCAAUGCCCUGAUGGCCAUGUAUGCAAGGCGAGGAGACAAGGAAGCAUCCGAGAAGGUCUUCCAGACAAUCACAGAGAAGGAUGUCGUGUCCUGGAAUACCAUGGUGGCAAUGUACGUGAUGACACACGAUACUGAUGGUGCAUUUGAACUUUUCCGGCAGAUGAUUGCAGAGGGUGUCAGGCCCGACGAGUUCUCAUUCAGCUCUGCACUCAAUGCAUGUGCAUACUCAUCAUAUCUUAGGCAAGGAAUGGCAUUGCAUGGGCAUAUGGUUAAGAGUGGGUUCUAUUGCUCAUAUCAGGUUGUGCAGAAUUCGCUCAUGGAUGCUUACGGGAAAUGUGGGUGCGUAGAAGAAGCUCGAAGGGUCUUUGAGGAGAUAUACUUGAAGGAUGUUAUCUCAUGGAAUACUGUUAUCUCAUGUUGUGGUUUCAGUGCGCAUCCUCAGGAGGCCAUCUCGCUUUUUAGCAGGAUGAAAGAGGAGGGUUGGAAGCCCAAUCGUGUCACCUUCAUCGCACUCCUAUCAGCUUGUAGUCAUGCAGGAUUGCUCGAUGAGUGUCUGCAUUACUUUGAAACAAUGACCAGCGAACAUGGGAUCGUACCUGAUGUGGAUCACUACUCCUGUAUCGUAGAUGGUUUAGGUAGAGCAGGUCAGCUCGAGAAAGCUUACCGGUUCAUCAAAGACAUGCCUGUAGAGCCAGAUGAUUGCAUCUGGGGUGCACUGCUGAGCAGCUGUAGGAUUCAUGGGAAUCUUGAACUUGCAGAAGUUGCGGCAAAGCAUCUGAUUGAAUUGGAUCCUCAGCAUUCGGGCUACUGGGUGUUGCUGUCUAAUGUUUAUGCAGACGCAUCUAGGUGGAGGGAUGUUUCGGAUGUCCGAGCCGCCAUGAAGGAUGCUGGGGUGAACAAGUGCCCUGGUUUUAGCUGGGUUGAGGAUGGUGGAAGGGAGGUGCACAGGUUUCUUACUGCCGAUAAGCUUCACAAGCAGUGUGAUGAUAUUUAUGCAGCUCUUGAUGGUUUAGUGAAGCAGUUGAAAGAUGAAGGAUAUGCCCCACUUGUGUCUCCCAGAGAUCCUUUCUCCUGAUCAGGAAAAAUAGGAUUCAGAUACAAUAAUUGUCUGAGGAAGGAAGAUAGUGUCAACCCUAACAGAGUGACCUCACCAAGUGAUACAAUAUGCAUGACUAACUUAUUGGAUCUCCUGCAUCAUUAAUCGGUCAUCAAAGGAUAUAUUUAUGCUGAUACCAAGAGUCAGAAUAAUGUAUGAUCCGAGAAAGUUUUCGGGAUUGGGUACGCAGAUGCGCACAAAUAGGCUGCUGAUUGCAUGUUAAUGGAAGAUUCCUACUUGCUGUAGAGUGAUUCACUAAACUGCACCUGCUCAAUGGAAAUGUGAUGAAUCAAUUUAGCAAAUUACUACAACGUUUCCUGCCUCAGGUUGAGCCACAGGACCAAAUGAAAGCAUAGACUCAGCUGGGUUCUGAUCAAGUAAAGAGUGAGGGACUACAGUAGUCGGAGAGCUGAAAACCAGCUAUCGUUUAGUCACCUGACAGUGACAGAAUUCAAUUCAGAAAACAAAGAGUACUUUGGUUUAUCAUCAAAGUUAUUUGAUCGAAUGAUACACUUCUUUUACAAUUAUCCUUUAAAAUUAAUCAUGUUUCCCUUUCCGUUUAUGUAUUGCCAAAUGUCUUCUCCUACAAUAUACAUCACAUUGUUUAUGAACA